UAUUGGUAUAACUUCAACAGAUCAUAACAUAUCGAUAUAUUUAAGAUAUCGCCGUUAUUUUCACCAUGGACUGACAGUUCAAAAAUUUAUAGUAACAUCUUCAAUCCAAAUGUUUGUCAUUCUUGCAAGAGAAGUCCGCAAGACUUGUUGCCAUAUUUUGAAGAUUUCAAUACAUGUCGUUCAUGCAACAUGAUUCUUUACUGCAGCAACAAUCACGAAUUAGAACAUAAAGCGAAUCAUGAAGAGAUCUGCAAAAUUUUAAGAAAGCUUUCACAUAGUCACCCGGAAUUUUGGCAAACUCAUAAUUUCAGUCGGGAGGAUUGGAACAAGUCGGAAAAACAGUUUUUAUAUUUAGUCAAAGCGGAGUUGUAACGUGAUAUGAAGCCGUACGAUAUGCAAAUGAUCAUGUUCGCUAAAUCGUGCUUUAUAUGUCAUGAGCAGCGUAAUCUUCAAACUUGUAUAAAUUCGUGUUGUGUGAACUACUGUUAGAAUUAUGCAGAAACCUUCAAAAUACGUACAAUCUACAAUAUCUAGGGACACGCUACAAUACGAUCCGCCCAGGAGACAAACGAUCCCGGAACUGACCGAGGAUUCACGAACAUAGUGACUCCGUGUGUUCGGCGCCCUACGCUACAAGCGGGAAGAAGGGGCGUUCAAAUCCUUAACAAUAUAAAAAAAUAUUAGAUCACAAUGCUGUGUCAGGAAAUAACAGAAAGACGUGGCCAUAUUUUGAAAGAAUGCAUGAAAUUUUUGGAAAAACAGGAUGGGCAAAUCCUAAAGUUAUUGCUACAGAAGCUGGACCAAGUGCUUAGCAAGCAAUCGUAUCUGAUUCUGUUUGUACAAAUGAUGGUAAAAAAAAAAAGAUGUAAUAAACGGAAAAUUGAGGCUGUUUUAGAUGAUUACAUAUCAGAUAAGAAAGAGGAAAGAGCAGGAAAGGAGAAGAAAAAACAAGCUAAAGAAGCUUGGUUAAAAGAAUUGGAGAAACAGCGAGAAAGGCAACACAAGGAAAAAUAGCAAUUAUGCAACAGUUUUUAAAAGCCAUCACUAAAAAGUAAUUUAAUUUUGUUGACAGUCUGAAUAUCUAAAUUCCUAUUUAUGCCAUUGUUAUUUCUAAAGUUCUUAU